CUGCCCGCUCCUGAUAAUAAUACGUCAGCACAAGCGAUAACAAAAAGAGUGCCACCUGCAGCCACACUGCAGUGUGCCACAUCGCGGCGCGCAUCGAUGGAGGACACACCAACCGCGGAGAAGCAGGGAUACCCCGCAUUAAUGCAGCCCCGCAUCACGCAGCCCAAAGCGAGGCCCUUCCGCAUCGUCGCGAGCGAGCGCCACUACCCACUCGCGGGCUGGCGCCGCUGCUGGAGCCGCGGCGACCCGCACCCCUUCGAGUUCGAGGACAGCGGCCGGCCCUGCGCCGCGCCGGACGACGCCGGUUGGAGGGUGGAGGUGCGCGACGCGACGGAUCAAGAAGGAUGGCUAUACGGCACGGCGUUCGAGCGGUUAAAUGAUCACCGCAAGGGCGGUCGCGCGGCGAAGCGCUCGACGGAUAGGUGUCGAAGGCGCGUCUGGGUGCAUUGCGUCGACGCGGGGCCCGCUCCGAUCGAAGACGAGGAACCUCCGCAGGACGACGGCACGUCGCUCUUCUGGCGCGUCUGCCGCGCGACGCUGGGCAGGAGGCCGCUCCAGGACUACCCCAUGGACCCGACGGCCUGGUACCGCGUGCGAAAGAGCCACGAGCGCUUCUAUGAAGAAUGGGUUUCGAAACCGCAUCCGGACGUCGCGCGGGCGCAACUUAUUGACCUCGCGCACGCGUUUUUGUACUGCCGGGCGGCCUGCGGCGGUGUGGAAAUCAACCAGUCGCGUCGAUGGCGUAUACUCUCCACGCCAUCGAGCAGAUGCAGUUACGGGGACAGCGUCGCGUCGAUGGCGUAGACUCUCCACGCCAUCGAGCAGAUGCAGUGAAAUUUGAUGUCCACGCAGGCCUACGGCUUCGCCAUGGCCGAGGGCCACAUGGACUCGCUGUCGAAAGGUGCCGCCUUGUUUACCUACAAAAAAGUAGCCUAUUUCGAUCCCGCCGAGGACUGCUGCGGCGCGGAGAACACGCGGGCCCUGCGGAGCAUGGCCGGCCUUAGUGAAGAUGCCGUCCUCUGCACGAAGUGGUCCAUCAAAGCCUACAAACCCAGUUUUUUUGUUUGUCUGGACCAUGCGAGGCGGUGGGUCGUGAUUGGCAUCCGGGGCACGGUGGCGACGCGCGACCUCCUGGCGGACGUGACGGCGUCGCAGGUCAAGUUUAGGAAUGGCCGGGCGCAUUUGGGGUUUCUGCGGUGCGCGGCGUUUGUGGAGAAGGCUUCUGCAGAAGCUCUACGACAAGCUCACGAGAAAUACUCAGACUACACUUUGGUAUUGUGCGGCCACAGCAUGGGCGCUUCCGUGGCGGCCCUAUUAGCCUUGGCUCAUGUUGAUGAUGACAGCGUGUGGCCUACAUUCGCCAAAACACGUGUGUACUGCAUGGCGGCGGGACCGUGCGUCUCUCGUAACUUGGCCGAAGCAUGUAAAGCGUUCUGCCUCGGCGCCGUGCGCGGCCGCGACCCCAUCGCGCGGCUGUCGGUGUUGAGUGUCGAAGGUCUGUUAGAUGAGCUCGUCGAUCAAGGUUUAGGAAGGCGGCUGCAGCAACUCCUCUUCGGCGCGGCGCCAUCCUCAGAGGUACGGGGCGCCGUGAGCGUUACUCAUACAGACGACAUCAAUGAAAACGUGGAGGUGCCUUUGUCAGGCCUCACGGCGGACCUGGACGUCUUCGCCGAGGCUGUGGUCGCCGAGAGAGCGCCGUCACCGCCGGUCGUUUCAACUGGGAACUCGCGCGCCAUCGCCGCUGCUUUAGCGGAGACGGAGUCGUCCGUGCGCGAGCCGCUUUUGUUGCCGGGCGCGGUCGUGCACGUCGACCGGCUGGCUACGGGUCCGGUCGCGUUCGCCUCAUCAGCAAGCGACUACGAGCGUUUAUUACUAUCGAACGCGCUCCUGGGCCACCACCUGCCGGCGGGCUACUGCGAUUUGUUGUUGGAGCUCUCCGGGGCUUAUGCUUCUGACGAGUCGCCGGACGCGCUCGCGGCGUUGCGAGCUAGGGUGAUCGCGUCGGACUGGGCGCGGCCGGUUGAUCGGUCGGUUUUGACAUAG